AUGACUAGACCGCUGCUGCGACCAGCUGUGCCAGGACGACUCCUCCUGCUGUGGCUGCUGCUGCCCACGCUGCCCGUGCCCAGAGUCGAAGCUAGGAGGUCCAGGACCUUGCUGCCCUGUCCCAGGGUCUGCGAGCCCACGCGCUGUCCCCCGCUGCCCACCUGCUCGGUGGGGUCGACGCCGGUGCUCGAUCGCUGCCGCUGCUGCCGCGUCUGCGCCGCGGCGGAAGGCGAGGCCUGUGGCGGGGCGCUGGGCCUGCCGUGCGCCCCGGGGCUGCAGUGUCGCGCGCCGCUCAGCGCCCCGCGCCUCCGCGGCGCCUGGGUCGGCACGUGCGGCUGCCCGGCGGCGGGGACUGCGGUGUGCGGCAGCGACGGGCGCACCUACCCCAGCCUGUGCGCGCUGCGCGCCGACAACCGCGCCGCGCGCCUCCGAGGCGCGCUGCCCGCCCUGCCGGUGCUGAAGGGCGACUGCGCGGGUCAAGGGACCAGGAGUGCGGGCGGGCUCCGGAGCAAGUACAACUUCAUCGCGGAGGUGGUGGAGAAGGUGGCACCGUCUGUGGUUCACCUGCAGCUGUUCCGCAGGUCACCUCUUAGCAACAAGGAUAUUCCUGCGUCCAGUGGCUCUGGGUUCAUAGUGUCUGAGGAUGGGCUCAUUGUUACUAACGCCCACGUCCUCACCAACCAGCAUCGGAUCCAGGUGGAGCUCCAGAGUGGGGUCCAAUAUGAAGCCACUGUCAAAGACAUUGACCAUAAACUGGAUCUUGCGCUGAUUAAGAUUGAGCCAAAUACUGACCUUCCUGUGUUGCUGCUGGGCAGGUCCUCUGACCUGCGGGCUGGAGAGUUCGUGGUGGCCUUGGGCAGCCCGUUUUCUCUGCAGAACACAGUGACGGCAGGAAUUGUCAGCUCUACACAGCGAGGGAGCAGAGAGCUGGGGCUGAAGAAUUCAGACAUGGACUAUAUCCAGACGGAUGCCAUAAUUAACCACGGCAAUUCUGGGGGCCCUCUGGUGAACUUGGAUGGUGACGUGAUUGGCAUAAAUACAUUGAAGGUGACUGCAGGAAUCUCCUUUGCGAUUCCCUCAGAUCGAAUUCGACAGUUCUUGGCAGAAUUCCAUGAGCGCCAGUUGAAAGGAAAGGCUCUUUCACAGAAGAAGUAUCUCGGUCUGCGAAUGCUGCCUCUCACUAUGAACCUUCUUCAAGAGCUGAAAAGGCAAGAUCCAGAUUUCCCUGAUGUGAGUUUUGGGGUUUUUGUGUAUGAGGUGAUUCAAGGAACAGCUGCUGAAAGCUCUGGGUUGAGAGACCAUGAUGUAAUUGUCAGCAUAAAUGGGCGACCUGUUACCACCACAACUGAUGUUACUGAAGCUGUUAAGGACAAUGAUUCCCUUCCCAUCAUGGUUCGUCGAGGAAGUCAAACUUUGCUCCUGACGGUCACACCUGAAAUAAUCAAUUAAGUAUCUUGCUUUAAAGAGAAAUCAUCUAACAAAACCACAGCUAUAUUACCUGGUUCGUACUGGAGAUGUGCCAAAGUUAACAAGUUUUAGGGUCUCUUUCUUAAGAAAAAUGAAUGCUUUAAAAUAUACAGACACACACACAC